UGAACCCUUCCCGUCCAGCGGUGGAGUCCUUCCAGACUGAAUCAGUGGGAGCCUUGGGGAGGAGAGAGGGGGAUCCCAGGAGGAACUCGCGGUAGUGAUAGGGUUUGGCUAUAUCAGCCUUGCCAUGGCUAUGGGGAGCAACUGAGACUUCCGGAGUCAGUCGUCUUGGUGUUGAGACAUUCAUCAGGCAUUCUACAACAGUUCUCCAAAGUGGCUGGGACCUACUAGAGCCUGAGGCCACACACGCCCAGCUGCCUUUCCUGCCUUCCUGAUUCUUGGCCAAGUCAAGAGCCGGUUCACAAGUGUCAUUUACACACCAGUUAACAACCAAGCUUCAGAGGUUUUCUCAAGGAGUUGCUGCCUUUCCCCGGGGCCGGCAGAAGUAACAUCUAUAAUUGAUGUCCAAGAUUCUGAGAACAUAAACCCUGGUUGCUGUCUUCCCAUGAGAUGGAGUCUGCUGCCACAGCUCAUUGAGGGUUCUUUCCCUUAGCAUCCUGGGCUGGGAAGUAGGACUUCAGACAGAGAAGAUGCUGAGCUCUAUCAAAUGCGUGUUGGUAGGGGACAGUGCCGUGGGGAAGACCUCGCUACUGGUACGCUUCACCUCCGAGACCUUCCCGGAGGCUUACAAGCCCACGGUGUAUGAGAAUACUGGCGUGGAUGUCUUCAUGGACGGCAUCCAGAUCAGCCUGGGCCUCUGGGACACUGCGGGCAACGACGCCUUCAGAAGCAUCCGCCCCCUGUCCUACCAGCAGGCAGAUGUGGUACUCAUGUGUUACUCUGUGGCCAAUCACAGCUCAUUCCUGAAUCUGAAGAACAAAUGGAUUAGUGAGAUCAGGAGCAAUCUACCCUGCACCCCAGUGUUGGUUGUGGCCACACAGACUGACCAGAGAGAGUCAGGACCCCACAGGGCCUCCUGCAUCAAUGCCAUAGAAGGGAAGAGACUUGCCCAGGAUGUGCGAGCCAAGGGCUACCUGGAGUGCUCAGCCCUUAGCAACCGGGGAGUACAGCAGGUAUUUGAAUGUGCAGUCCGGACGGCUGUCAACCAGGCCAGGAGACGAAACAGAAGGAAGUUCUUCUCCAUCAAUGAGUGCAAGAUCUUCUAAACCCCAAGGUCCUGCGCCCAAUAUUCACGAACAUACCUCAGAGACUAAUGGGAGAGUGGAAGGCGGCAAGCAAGGGGCUGAUGCUCUUUCUCGGCACAUUUGAACAGCCUUUCUUUCUGGAUAGAGUUACCGGGGAGGUCGGGCCCUGCUGCCUCCACUAACUGUGCUCUACAGAUACAUUCUUUGCCCAGCACAGCCCAAGAGAUUCCUUGGGAAGCUUUAUGAAUAGUCCAUCUUCAAUAAAAAACUAAAACAAGCAUCCUAACUUAGACAAUGGAGUGAAUUUCCCAAGUAUGCCAUAUUUAAACUCACAUUUUUAUUUAAAUAAUAAUCAACUCUACAGCUUUUGUUUUCAUGCUUGGGAAGUCUUUGAAAAGGCAAGCUGCUGAAUGAGGGGAAUAACUUUGUGGGGCUCAACCAUAUGUCUGUAGUGCUACUAUUUUCUCCUGAAUCUAAUUUGGUUGAAACGCCUUGCGUGCUGUGUUUCUCUGGAUAACCACACUUUCAAAUGACCAUAAAUCUGUCCCUGCAACUCGUUUUUCAUUUCCCUAUUACUCAGAGUUGUGUAUAAAAUACAGCUUCAGGCUGUAAGGUAUUUUAACACCACCAAAUGAAAUUGAACAGUUAUUAGGUUUUCUAUGUAAAUACAAAAAAAAAUUCUUAUUUACGAUAUUACCUGUCACUCAGAGAGCUCCAAUAACACACCAAGUAUUCCUUUCUCACUCAGUAAGACAGAGAAGAAAAACAAAA